GUCAUCAACAGUUCCAUCACAGAGCUUCAUCAAGAAAAAACUAAAUCUCGUUAAGGAUAACUUCACCUAAACAAGAAGAUGCGUGGAUUUAUUGUUUUGUGCUUAUCAGCAGUGGCUUUGGCUGCCCCCCAAGGAUAUAGUUAUAAUCAGCAAAUUUCAUCUGCGGGGACAGGUUUAGGAGGAAGCUACCCCUCAUUUUCUUCAGGACACUCAUCCUCAAUUAGUUCGCCAUCCAACUAUUUCGGAAGCAGCCAUCAACAACUUCAACAACCAGCUUCUUUUAGCCAUAGUUCCCCAUCAAGCAGCUAUCUUCAACCGCACCAUCAACAGCCUCAAAGGCAGGAACCCAUUGUUUCCAAACGGUUCUUCAUUCACUCUGCCCCCGAAGAGAACGAUGAUGAAUACAGGGAGAAACACAUUACAGUUGGAACCCCAAGAAAGAACUACAAUGUAGUAUUUAUCAAGGCUCCAGCCAAGUCGAAUAAGAAGACCGUCGUUAAGAUUACUCCAGCUGUUAAUGAAGACAAAACUGUGAUUUAUGUCCUCAGCAAAAAGACUGAUGCCGCUGAUAUUCAUGCUGAAGUUCAAGAGCCACAUACUUCUACUACUAAACCAGAGGUUUACUUUAUUAAGUACAAGACUCCAGAGGAAGCAGCUCAUGCCCAAGAACAAAUUCAAUCACAAUAUGAUUCUUUGGGUGGCUCUAGCCAGGUUACUGAUGAAGGUUUAGCUCCAGUGACAUCUGUAAUUGGAUCCCUUGGUGGUAAUAGUGGAGAUCAUCAUGGACAACAGUCGGGUGCCUAUGGUCAUUCUGGUCAUGCUGCUGCUAACAGUGCAUAUUUACCACCCCAAUUCUGAAUAGAAGUUACAUUUAUUCUAAUCAAUGUAAAUAGAAUUACUCUUAUGUAUAAUUUUGUAGAAUACUCGUAGUAGAACAAUUAAGUUUUGUUUUUGUUGUGUUUGUGAUUAAAAAUUUGUUAUAAAUUCA